ACGAGCGGGAGGAUGGAAAAUGUAUGCCAUUCAAAUAAGCGAGGAGGAAGCAGGCGUGUUAGCCCUGUCUGCUAGGUGUGUAGCCACCACCAACAUUACCACCUGACACUUUAAGCAGAACACAUGCAUAGUUUCCCCAUAAACAUCAUUGGUUUCAUGUCACUUCACACCCCAUGACGCCCAUCACAACCCAAGGAAAUCAACGUUGCUCGAUCAAUGACACGACCAGUGUUGGAGUCAUGGCCGACCCAAUGUUUGUAGCACGGCGCAGCAACAAUCAGGUGACUCUCAACAUCAGUGACGUUAUUGACAUUAUUGGUCAGGAUGCCCCCGAGUGUGCUGCUUCAGACAUGUCAGUGUAUGGCGGCUUGCAGAUCGGUGGUGAUGGCGCAGGAGCCGCCAGUGAAGCCAAUUUUUCUACCCUCACUAGCCUCUCCAGAACUGAUCCAGACAUGGAAAGUAAAAGGAAAGCAUAUGUGCGUAUCCUAGAACAGCCUCAACCCAAGGCACUGCGGUUUAGAUACAUUUGUGAGGGCCGCUCUGCGGGAUCCAUUCCUGGCGUCAGCAGCACAGCAGAGAAUAAAACCUACCCAGCAAUUCAGGUGAUGGGAUACAAGGGGCCGGCAGUGGUGGUCGUGUCAUGUGUUACAGUUGACCCCCCUUACCGCCCUCAUCCACACAACCUGGUGGGAAAGGAGGGUUGCAAGAAGGGAGUUUGCACCAUGACCAUCAACAAUGACUCGAUGCAGUGUGUGUUCAGCAACCUGGGUAUUCAGUGCGUUAAGAAAAGAGAUGUGGAUGAUGCGCUGAAGUUGAGGGAGGAAAUACGGGUUGAUCCUUUCCAGACUGGUUUCAGUCACAGAAGUCAAACACAGAGUAUUGACCUCAAUGCCCUGCGGCUGUGUUUCCAAGUUUUCCUGGAAGGUCCGGAGAAAGGAAAGUUUACUUUCCCCCUGAAAGCCGUCGUCUCCCAUCCUAUAUAUGAUAAAAAAGCCACCUCUGACCUAAUCAUCUGCAAACUGAGUGACUGCACCAGUAGUGUGGCUGGGGGAAAGGAGAUUAUUCUACUAUGUGACAAGGUCACAAAAGAGGACAUCCAAGUGCGCUUCUAUGAGGAGAAGGAUGGGCUGUUGGAGUGGGAAGGCUAUGGCGACUUCCAGGCCUCGGAUGUUCACAAGCAAGUGGCCAUUUCCUUCAAGACACCACGGUACAAAUCUCUUGAGGUGGAGAACCCUGUGAAGGUGUAUGUGCAGCUGUUGCGACCCUCAGACAAGAGUAUGAGUGAGCCUCGUCCCUUCCAGUACCUGCCCCUUGACUCAGAUCCUCAGUACCUCAAACGAAAAAUGGCAAAGCUUGGAAAUUCAACCAACACAGACAAGAUCGGCAGGUUCAUUGCAGAGAACAUGGGAGGAGCAGGAGUGUAUGUGGACAGGACUAUGGCAACUGUCAACCAAGCAACAGGAGCCAUUUCUCGACCCAUAAGAGUGGCCUCCCGCGCAUCAAGACUGUCAGACAAAAUAAAAAUGGAGCCUCCAGACAUGAUUGGCUCCCCAGUCUCUCCAGGAAGUCAAGGCUCCCCAGCUCCACCUGGUGUUCAUGGGGGCCACUUAGUGAAGCCUCCUGUCUCACCACAGCACUACACGGGAGGUACCAUGCACACUAUGCCUCCUCAGGGUCCCAGCCCUGUAGGUCAGUCAGUGUACUAUCCUCAGUCAAUGGCACAUGGUGGUCCCAUGGGAGUUACCAUUGGCUCUGUUCAAGCCACAUUACCACCCAGGAUUUCCUCCCCCCACCAACAUCAGUACUACAUGAGCCCUGGUGCACCAUCACCUUAUUCACCGGAAGGCCCCUUAGGUGCUGUGGCUGUGACUAGUGGAUACUCUCCAGUGGUGGCAGCACAAUCUGGUCCAGCCAUCUCUCAGCUCCUGGACUUGGAUUCACGCAAAUGUAUUGAGCAGAACUCCAUUGAUUUGGAUAUGAAUAACAUCAACUCAGCAGAGCUGCGAUCCCUCUUACCAGGUGAAGACUUCAGUGCAUCUAUGGUUGAUGCUCAUCUAUCUGAGAAUCUCUCAUCCAACCUUAAUAUAAUAGACCCCCCUCCUCACAUUAACAAGCUCAGCAGCAAGACUAGCCUCAGCACAGCAUCAUCCUAUAUGCCAAACAUACUUCAGAAUAAAAAUGAGUUUCAAGGUGGCUCAGACAGUUUGAACAAUUUGAAGAGUGAGAUUGAGCUCUUGAACCAGCUGUCAUCAGCUCAUUGAUAUUUGGAGAGACGGGAUUGUUUUGACAGAAAUGAAGGAAUAUGAGUUCUGAGUUACUUAACACACACACACACACACACACACACAUUGCUCCAAUAGCUCAGUAGAUUAAGGCUCUGCCCUGACAGGCGGAGGUUCGAGCCCCAGUCAGGAUGAGAUUUUUCUGCUGACAAGCUGUUAUUGACCCCCCUUGAGCAAGGGGUGAGGUGUGUCGUGUGUGAUGGUCUCGGCAGUACCCAGAGAUUGACUAUAAUGAGCUUGCUUUUGUCAAGAGAGUACUCGUUGGCAGUGGUCAGGUUGUGGUGAAUUACACACACACACACACACACACACACACACACACACACACACACACACACACACACACACACAUUUCCGUAGUGCAAUGGUUAGCAUGCUUGCCUCACAACCGAGUGGCCCUAGAUUUGAUUUCUGGGAGGAGUGGAAAUGGAUGGGCAGUUUCAUCUAAUCCAUGCCCCUUGUCCACCCAACAGUGAAUGGGUACUAGGUGUCAGUCGGGGGUUGUGUCCUGCCUCCCAGGUGUGUACAAGUGUGAGGUUUCAGCCAUACCUAGAGAUCCAUCACUUCUGAGCUCUGAUCUCAGUCAGGGAGGGUACUGGCUGGCGGUCACACGUAUAUUGUGGUCACACUGUGGUGAAUUACACACACACACACACACACACACACACACACACACACACACACACACACACACACACA